AUGAAUAAUGAGAGCAAGAAACACCUUUCAGGCAUUAUUGCUAAGAAUAAAGAAGAAUUUAAGAAGCUGGGUCUAGAAAACAGAGUCACAGAAAUGGAAUCGAUCCUAAUGGAAUAUUUGGAGGAUGGUAUAAUACGUGUAGAUGAAAAAGAUCGGUCUGGUGGUCCGGACUAUGAUCUACCAUUAGGCAGAAGGGAUGGACUCUACUUUGCAACAAGAAAUGAAACCCUAGCCAAUCUUCCACCACCUUCAUUCAACAGAAGCGGAAUUCUAACUUCACUUGCCACAAAAAACUUCACCCCCACAGAUGUUGUUGUACUUUCUGGUGGCCACACUAUUGGUAUUGUUCAUUGCACUUCUUUCACUGACAGACUUUACCCUAAUCAAGAUUCAUCCAGGGAUAAAACCUUUGCCAACAACCUUAAAACAACUUGUCCCACCUCAAACUCCACGAACACGAAUGUCCUAGACAUCCGAUUACCUAACAAGUUCGAUAACAAGUACUACAUUGAUCCCAUGAAUCGACAAGAGCUUUUCACAUCGGAGCAAGAUUCGUACACGGAUCAAAUUCAAGGUUGUUACAAGAAUUGUAUUUUCAAAAUUACUUAA